AUGACUCGAAACAAUCACACCAAAACCACCCGAUGGCUGGCCAUCCUUAUGCUCCUCACCAUGCAAAUACUCAACGCAAACGCCGCCGACGUAGUAACCGUCUGGACUACGAUAAAAUUGCCCGCGCCAACACCAACAGCGCCGCUACAUCCAUCCUACACAUCCCUCGACGAGUUCAAGAACGAUAUGUUGGAAGUCACGAACGAGUACCGCGCCAAUCACGACGCCAAUCCGCUGGAAUGGAACGAUACGCUGGCCGAUUACUCGCGCGAGUGGGCAGAAGCCUGUAUCUGGAAACAUUCGAAAAGUAGCUACGGCGAGAACCUCGCAUACGGAUACGGGAAUGUCUCUGCUGCUGUCAUUGCCUGGGGUGAGGAAAGGAAUAUGUAUAAUUUCGGCAAGCCGACGGGCUUCACCGAGGAGACGGGGCAUUUCACUCAGUUGGUCUGGAAAUCGACUACGCAGGUUGGGUGUGCUGCUUUCAACUGUGGGUAUUCGAAGAACGACAAGUCUAAACGAGAUGACGGGGCCGAAGUUCAAAAAGAUGUUUUCGAAGAGGAGGCCUUUGGAGAGGAUGUCUUCGAAGGAGUGAUGAUGGCGCCUCGUUCUAGCGGGGAUGAAGCGGAAGGAGAUGGGCUGGAAGGGUUGAAGGCCACGCGAAGUGAGCCACGGGCUCAGGGGUGGUAUGUUGUUUGCGAGUAUACACCUCCUGGAAAUGUUGUGGGUUCGCAUAACUCCUACUUCCGGAAGAACGUCUUGCCAAAGAAGGCGUCUGCGGUUGACUCGUCCUCGUCUUCAACCGAGUCUUCUUCUUCUUCCACAACUUCUGAGUCUUCUCCCACGUCUAUGGCUGAGCCGUCGCCGAAUGCUGCGACAUCCACUACCGUUGGGAGUCAGAGUCAGCCAACGGGAGGUGCUAUGAGGUUCGCGUUGGACUCGACAUUGGGGAUAAUGCUGGUAGGAUUGGGAACUGUGGGCGUGGGAAGGGGGCUUUAUACUUGA